UUUUCAGUCGCACAAAAAGAGUUUUCCGAUCAAAAAAAAAAAAAAAUUUCGCAGGACUCCAUGAUCGGUGUCUCUCGAUCGUAGCGAAUAAUCCAAUUCCUCGCGUUGCCUUCUCAUUCUCUUCGCUUGUAAUCUCCUCCAUCCUUUGCUAUCGACCGAUUUCCUCCUUUGAUCUUUUAGUGUAAUUCAUGGAGGGUUAGGCGUAUUGUCUGUGAGAUUGAGUUUUAGCUAUUGACGUGGUUUUUGGAUUUGGAAAUUUGGAACAAUGACAUCGAGAUGCGAGAAUCAAACAUUUCCACUGUCAGUUCUACUGAAACGAGAAUUAGCGAGUGAGAAAAUUGAAGACCCGGAGAUUGUGCACGGACAAGCUAGCCAUAGCAAGAAAGGUGAAGAUUUUACGUUGCUUAAAACAGAAUGUCAAAGAGCGAUGGGAGAUGGUUUCACCACAUUCUCAGUUUAUGGGCUCUUUGAUGGACACAAUGGAUCUGCUGCUGCUAUUUACACUAAAGAGAAUCUUCUAAAUAAUGUCCUAAGUGCCAUGCCAGCAGAUCUUAAUAGAGAUGAAUGGAUUGCUGCCCUUCCAAGAGCUUUGGUUGCAGGAUUUGUUAAAACUGAUAAAGAUUUUCAACAAAGAGCAAAAACAUCAGGAACAACUGUGACAUUUGUGAUAAUAGAAGGAUGGGUUAUAACAGUUGCAUCUGUUGGUGAUUCACGCUGUAUAUUUGAAUCAGCUGAAGGUGGAAUAUAUUACUUGUCAGCUGAUCAUAGGCUUGAAUGCAAUGAAGUGGAGAGGGAACGGAUCACUGCAUGUGGGGCUGAGGUUGGUCGGUUAAAUGCUGGUGGUGGUGCAGAGAUUGGUCCUUUGAGAUGUUGGCCUGGAGGCUUGUGUCUUUCACGAUCCAUUGGUGAUAUGGAUGUUGGGGAGUUUAUUGUUCCUGUUCCAUAUGUAAAGCAAGUAAAGUUAUCUACAGCUGGUGGUAGGAUGAUUAUCUCUAGUGAUGGUGUUUGGGAUGCUUUAUCAGCUGAAGAAGCUCUUGAUUGUUGUCGCGGACUGCCACCAGAUGCAGCUGCUGCACAGAUUGUGAAAGAAGCUGUACAGUCAAAGGGUCUUCGAGAUGAUACAACCUGCAUUGUUGUUGAUAUCUUACCACCAGAGAAGCCAGCUGCUCCUUUGCCGCCACCAAAGAAGCCAGGCAAAGGUAUGUUUAGGUCCAUGUUUCGCAAGAAGAAUUCUGGAUCAUCUUCAAAUGACAAAGAAGAAUACAUGGAGCCUGAUGUGGUGGAAGAAUUAUUUGAGGAGGGAUCUGCUAUGCUUUCAGAAAGGUUGGUUACAAAAUAUCCACUGUGCAACAUGUUUAAGCUGUUCAUGUGUGCAAUCUGUCAAUUAGAGAUGAAACCUGGAGAGGGCAUUUCUAUUCAUGCUGGCAAAUCUAAUUCAGUAAAGUUGCAUCCAUGGGACGGUCCUUUCCUUUGUUCUAGUUGCCAGGGGAAGAGAGAAGCCAUGGAAGGGAAAAAUCAUCAAGAAGUAACGGCAGACCUCUCUCCUUCCCUCUCUCAAUGUUUCUUCAUUGCAAAUAUAUGUUACCGAAGUAAAAAUUAUUGAUUCUUAUUUUUUUCUUGUUUUUCCUUUUUUUCAGAUAGACAUGGAAGUGACAGUGACUAGCUAGACCUUUCUAAAUACUGUUGGGUUUUGUGGGCGCUAACAAUUGUUCUAGUGGUGGUCAUGAACGGGGAAAUGGUGCAUUCUCAAUUGUAAUUUCCUUAAGUUUCUUAUUUGAGGGCAUUGAACACCCAUUUGAAUCAAUGCUCCCAAGGUGGCUUUGGCAUUGAGGAGACUUGUGCGUUACCUUGAGUGAAAAUGGAAAGAAAAAAUAGCUGGAAGGUUUUCAUGGACUUGAUCAGUGGGAUAGUGGCAUGCCUCUGAGGUAAUUCAUUUUCUCCAUAUGUAUUCAUCGCAUUGUAUACCAGUUGCUCCAAAUUGAUAGAGCUAACAUUAAAUGAUAGUGGACAUCGAUGUAAUGUUGUUAUAAUAUAGGGAGUUUGAUGAGUA